CACAUCCGGUCUCCCAUAACAACCAUGGAACAUGAAUGAAUCUCCCUGGUUUUGAUGAUGACUGAGAAGAUAGUCUGAACAAGAAAGAAAGAAAGAAAAAGCACAACGGAAGAAAGGACGCAGAAAGGAGUGAAAUAUAAAAGAAAGAAGAUGCCCAAUAUACGGCAGCUGAGGAAUAGAGCGUCUAAGAGGCACAGAUGGUCCAAAGAAGCCAUGGAGCAGGCCAUGCAGGAGGUGAGGGCAGGCAGGCAAAAUGCCAGGCAGGCAGCCGAGCAAUUUGGAAUCCCAAAGUCGAGCCUGUGGGACCGACUCAGUGGACGUGGAGCCCCUGACUAUGGCAAAGUCCAGCUUCUCUCCCCUGAAGAUGAGAAUUCGCUGGUGGAGUAUUGUUUGUACUCUGCCAGUCACAGGUGUCCUCAAAGAAAGUAUCAGGUUGUGGCCCAAGCUCUGGCCCUUUAUAAUUAUCGUAAUCCGCACAAACCCCGGACUGUUCUAGGCCAAACCUGGUGGAUUAAUUUCAGGGAGCGGCACCACCAUCGCCUCACCUCCCAUACCCCAGACAUUACUGACCACGGUAAGAAAUCCCGCUCGAAGAUGGGGGCAGACGUCCCCUUUUCACCGUUACCCCCGCCCGAGAGUCCCCCUUCCUCUCCAUCUUCCGAUCCCUUCCUCACCCAUCCACUGGUGGCAUCGGGUCGCAUACCUGUGGAUGUGGCCCGGGUCUUGUCUAAAACCGACCAAACCUUUGACAUUGAAAAGGUCAGGAGAAGUUCCCAUGUGCUGACGGCGCAGCAAAUGUCAGAUGUCAUCAAGAAGGUGGAGGACAGUGCUGCAAGAAUGAUCUCCAGAAGUGUGAAGCGACAGGAGGCAGAAGACACCGACCCGGCAGUCUCUUCCUCUACCUUACCUGGUGGCUCUCGUUUCAGCCGCAAAAGGAGCCUCUCCUCUGGGGCCCAUCCAGCCACCAGUUUUGGUGCUGCUGGUCCCUCAGCCCUCUUUGUCCCGACCUCUACAUCCCCCAGUGCCUCAAUCGCCCCCAGCAGCACACCAACCAACAUGAGCAUGUCUUCCAAUGACGGGCAUCAUAAAAUUGUAGAAGGUCACAUGACUGCAAAGAAGAAAAGAUGUGAAAAGAGAAUUUUGCGAUGUGGACGGUGCAGACAGCCGUAUCCUCCAAAGGAGCCAGAAGGAUUGGUGUUGUGGGUUCAAUGCGACAACUGCCACAAAAUGUUUCACACCAUUUGUGUAAGCUCAGAGAUGGACUUGGAUGACGAUGAAUUUUGGACCUGCUCCAUCUCUCAGAGUAUGACCUCUUGGAGCUCGGAGUCCACAAUCACCUCCACCGCCUGCACCUUCUCACUUCUCUACGCCUCCUCCAGGAGCGAGACAGGAGGAGAGGUUGUUGAAUCUGGCUCCGUGUUUAAGUCUCCAUGGAGACUCAAAGUCUUUCUGUCGACUCAGCCUUAG